CGUAACUGAAACUGAAAAGCUAAAGAGAAAAACCCGGAAAAAGUGCAAACUUUUUAAUCAAUUCUUCUUUAUCACAAGAGAGUGCCUUUGUAAUGAAUUUUUAUCUUGUAUAAUGAAUACAGACAUAACCGUCGUGUCUCGUCGUCGUUAAAGAAACGAGAGUUUUUCAGCUGUUUACUUACUUACUUUGAUGUCUCUUGUCUUCUUCUUCUUUGUCUUUCUUCUUUGAUGGGUUAAUACUUUGAGCUUGAGAGGGUUUCGAUUUUAGUUUCCUGUUAGUGUUUGUUUGCUUGUGUAAAGCUUGGAUCUUUUGGUUUCUUCAAUGGCGAAUGUAGAUGCUGAUUUCAGAACAUCACGGUCUAAUGAUGAUCAAUUGUACUCGGAGCUAUGGAAAGCUUGUGCAGGGCCACUUGUGGAAGUUCCUCGUUCUAAUGAAAGAGUUUUUUACUUCCCUCAAGGUCACAUGGAACAAUUGGUGGCUUCUACUAAUCAAGGAGUUGUUGAUCAAGAAAUACCAGUGUUUAAUCUUCCUCCAAAGAUACUUUGUCGAGUUCUUAGUGUUAUGUUAAAAGCAGAGCAUGAGACAGACGAGGUUUAUGCUCAGAUUACAUUACAACCAGAAGAAGAUCAAAGUGAACCCACAAGUCUUGAUCCACCUUUGGUCGAACCAGCUAAACCAACGGUUGAUUCGUUUGUGAAGAUUCUAACAGCUUCUGAUACAAGCACUCAUGGUGGAUUCUCUGUUCUUCGUAAACACGCCACUGAGUGUUUACCUUCACUUGAUAUGACACAACCUACACCGACUCAAGAACUUGUAGCUAGAGAUCUUCAUGGCUAUGAAUGGAGGUUUAAGCAUAUAUUUAGAGGGCAACCAAGGAGGCAUUUACUUACAACGGGUUGGAGUACAUUUGUAACCUCGAAAAGACUUGUAGCUGGAGAUGCAUUUGUGUUCUUGAGGGGUCAAACCGGGGAUUUACGAGUUGGUGUGAGACGUUUAGCUAAGCAGCAAAGCACGAUGCCCGCAUCAGUUAUUUCGAGUCAGAGUAUGCGUCUGGGAGUUCUUGCUACAGCUUCUCAUGCUGUUACCACAACAACUAUAUUUGUUGUCUUCUAUAAACCAAGGAUAAGCCAAUUUAUAAUCAGUGUGAACAAGUAUAUGGUGGCGAUGAAGAACGGGUUUUCUCUCGGUAUGCGAUUUAGGAUGAGAUUUGAAGGAGAAGAGUCUCCUGAGAGAAUAUUUACAGGUACGAUUGUUGGUAGUGGAGAUCUAUCUUCUCAAUGGCCAGCUUCGAAAUGGAGGUCAUUGCAGAUCCAAUGGGACGAGCCAUCUUCUAUUCCGAGACCAAACAAGGUCUCACCGUGGGAGAUCGAGCCUUUCUCACCAUCUGCGCUUACCCCGACGCCUACUCAACAACAAUCAAAGUCCAAACGGUCCAGACCCAUUGGUUCAUCAAUUUCAGAAAUCACAGGGAGUCCCGCAGCUUCUAAUUUCUUGAGUAGCUUCCCGCAGAGCCACGAGUCUAAUCCAUCAGUCAAAUUGUUGUUUCACGAUAUAGCAACUGAGAGAAACUCAAACAAAUCAGUGUUUUCAAGUGGAUUACAAUGCAAGAAAACCGAGGCUCCGGUCACAAGUUGUUGUAGGUUAUUCGGAUUCGAUCUCACGAGCAAGCCUGCUUCUGCUCCAAUUCCUUGUAACAAGCAACUAAUAAGUGUGGAUUCAAAUAUCUCUGAUUCUACCCCCAAGUGUCAAGAUCCUAACUCCUCGAACUCACCAAAAGAGCAGAAACAACAAACAUCCACAAGAAGCCGAAUUAAGGUGCAAAUGCAAGGAACAGCGGUAGGGCGCGCGGUUGAUUUAACAUUGUUGAGAUCAUACGAUGAGUUAAUCAAAGAGCUAGAGAAAAUGUUUGAGAUUGAAGGAGAACUUAGUCCUAAAGACAAAUGGACUAUCGUGUUUACAGACGAUGAAGGAGAUAUGAUGCUUGUAGGAGACGAUCCAUGGAAUGAGUUCUGUAAAAUGGCAAAGAAGUUAUUCAUAUAUCCGAGUGAUGAGGUCAAGAAAUUGAGCUCGAAGUCGUUGUUGCCUGAUGAAGGUACAAUCGUAUAUCUUGAAUCGGAUCAGAGGACAGUUCACGUUUAACUACCAAGUUCUUGAUUUCUUACUUUCUUGGAUUCUCUCAAGUCUCACCGAGUCCGAGAGUUAGUUGGUUUGAUUUUUUUCUUUUCGCGUUAGGUGGGUUUGUUAUUUAACAUAAAGACUAUAUAAUAUAUCAGCUACUAUUAUAUGCGAAUAUAUCAUAUCAGGUGUCAAACGGCGUCGUUUUAUGUGAAGUGUUUGCUUUUCCGACGUGGCUUUCGUAGUCAUGACUAAUGAUGUGUUAGCAAUAGCUAAAAAAAGGUCAUAUUUUCUAAUGUAAAGAUUCUGUGUGGGCCUAAUAAGAUCGAUUAACAUGGUAGUAGGCCCAAAUACUGAGGCCAUAACAUUUUUACUGUAUAAAUUUUCUUCUAAGCUCUCAAUUCUUUCA